UCAGCGUCGUGCAUGUCUGCAUUUGUUUUAAACAUGGAGGAGAGGGAAAGAAGAGGAGAUAAACAACAAAAAUGUCCAGAAUCAGAAAAGAAAGAGAGAGAAUCAACAAGUGCAUGUGCUUCAGAUGCAACCGAACAUACGGCAGAAGAAGAUGAUGAUAUCGCGGCAAAGUUGGACGUCACCUCCGAUAAAUUUGAUCCACUCCUGGCGCUAUACUCGGCUACUGUGCCUCUUCCAUACCCAAACGUGAAAUGCUUCAACAACAUAGCCGAGUAUGAGAGCUUUCUAAAGGGGGGACGGGGCCGCGCCAAGCCGGAGAACGUGGAGAAAAAACAGAGGAAAGCCAGGAAAGGUGUAGCGGAUCCGGAGAGGAUAGAGAAACUGAAGAGGUUGAUGGUGAACAACCCGAUAGAGGGAGAAGAUGGAGAGGAGGGGACCAGCGGCACUGCCCGCCGUUGUAGAAUACAGAAGGCUCCCAAGAAUGUCCUGACCAGGAUGCCUCUCCAUACAGGAAGUCCUCUGGGGGAGCUGCACCGCUGCGUGCAGGAGAGGAUCAGGGUGAAAGUUCACAUCAGAACCUUCAAGGGGCUCCGUGGAGUGUGUUCUGGCUUCAUAGUGGCCUUCGACAAGUUCUGGAACAUGGCGAUGGUAGAUGUAGAUGAGACCUACAGGGAACCUCUGCUGGGUGAAGCUCUCUACCAUGAGAAGGCCCUCACUGUCACACGGCUCUUUGACAAGCUGAAACUCCAGGAGAGUGCGGCGCUGAGAGAAUGUGAGGAGAAGAAGCAGAUAGACAAGAGGAAAGCUGAACCCCUCCAUCCCCCGCCUGAGACCCAAACCAGAGACAGCAGACGACGGGACCCCAAUAGAGGGGACCCCAGAAGGAGAGGAGACCCUAGGGCAGUGGACCCCCGACUUGCAAGGGCCACAGUUGGGCCCCCAGUGGGCGAUGACCCCGGAGCCCUAGGGGCCACAGGUAAGACCCAGGGGUCAAAUGUUAAAGGUCAGGAGUCAGGGACUGAGGGGCCCAAGAGAACAGGGUCCCAGAAGAAAGAAGUGUCCCAGCCCUACGGGAGGGUUCACACGCGCCACGUCAACCAGCUCUUCAUACGGGGAGAGAACGUGCUUCUAGUCAACCUACAACCACUCUGAAUCUAUUGUGUGUUCUAGCCAGCAGGGGUGGCAACCUAGUCUGGAACUGGAAAACAGUCUGUUCCUGCUCUCUUGCCAACUUCUUUUGGAGUUUUCAUGCCAAACGUGAACAGAAACCGACACUGCCGCCCGGGCUA